AGCUGGUGGUGGUGGCUGGAAAGGGUGGGGGAGCUACCAUUCCGAACCCGAAAACAUUCCAUGACCAACCCACCCAUGCGCAAUAUAUCGUGGUGGGAUGUUUAUUUUAUUUAUUAAAUUUUUAUUUUAUUUACCGAUUUUUAAGUCAAUUUAUCAAGGGCGUACCAUUGCCUGGACGGUCUAUUAGAAACUAAUGGUGCUAUUUUCAUGCUAGCAUCUGGCUAACAGCACCGGCUAACAACAACACAAACGACUGCGUUUGUUUUUGCAUGCUGAAUAUUGUGUGCCGUUCUGGUGUGUCUAUAAUGACAUAGAAAUCAGAUGCCUUAUUUUAAAUACUGCUGUGAAAUACAUUUAUUGACGCUGUAUUUUACCGAGCGACCAGCUCGACUUCGAGGCCGUAUAUGGAAGCAGCGAGCUUGCGUGAGAAUCCCCCGGGCUCCGGAGUGAGCGACUCGGCUGACUGGAGAGAGGAGACACCGGGUGAGGAGUCUGAGGAGAGGGAAGGAGACUUGAAAGACAGAGGUGGCGAUGGAGGCAACGAGAAAAAAGUUGAAGUGGAGGUUGACUGCACAGACAGAGGUGUCCCUGAAAAGGAAAAAUCUGUGGAAGAAGAGGCAGAGGAGUAUGAAGAGGAGUUGGAUCCUAGGAUCCAGGAAGAGCUUGAGCAUCUAAACCAGGCCAGUGAUGAAAUCAAUCGGCUGGAACUGCAGUUGGACGAAGCCAGGUCCAGCUACAGGCGCAUCCUGACCGAUUCGGCUCGGAAGCUCAACGCUCAGGGCUCGCAGCUGGGAGCCUGUAUAGAGAAGGCCAGGCCAUACUAUGAGGCUCGCCGCCUGGCUAAAGAGGCACAGCAGGAGACCCAGAAGGCAGCGUUGCGGUACGAGCGGGCCGUCUCCAUGCACACGGCGGCUCGCGAGAUGGUCUACGUGGCCGAACAGGGUCUCCUGGCUGACAAGAACACCCUGGACCCCACCUGGCAGGAAAUGCUCAAUCACGCUACGGCCAAGGUGAAUGAGGCGGAGGAGGAGCGUCUGCGUAGCGAGAGGGAGCACCAGCGCGUCACGCAGCAGUGCCAGGAGGCCGAGGCCAAGGUGCAGACGCUGCAGAAGUCCCUCAAGAGGGUCAUCAUCAAGUCCAAACCCUACUUCGAACUCAAGGCCCAGUUCAACUACAUCCUGGAGGAGCACAAGUCCAAAGUAGUCCAGCUGGAGGAGCGUGUUGCCAAGGUGAAGACCCGCUACUCGGUGGCUCUGCGCAACCUGGAGCAGAUUAGCGAACAGAUCCACGCCCAGAGGGGCCGGGUCCGCGCCGCACGCCAACGCUCCCGAGCCGGAGGAUCUUCAGGGGCAGGAGGAGGACCAGGAGCAGGGGGUUGCCAGGGCCGCAGCUCCCCGGUGGGGGCCGAGUCGGAGCGAGAGGAACCUGCCAUCCAGGCCGGGGCGUACGGCGGCGGCGUGGGCUCGUCACUGGCCGACUGCGAGUGGGCGGACGUGGAGAAGACGCGCCAGUGGGUGGAGCGGCACCGGGAGAGCGGCUGGGGCCAGCAGGAGCGCGCCGGCUCCGACUCCAUGUCCGUCAUCAGCCUGCAGACCAUCGCCUCGGACCUUGAGAAGUGCGACAGCGUGGAGCACCUGGGGGAGCUGAGCGACGUGGGGAGCAUCCUGGGGGAGGACCUGGACAGGGAGAGGAUGCUGGAGGUGGAGAGGGAGAGGCUGAGGCAGCGUGAGGAGAGAGAGAGGGGAGGCCUAGGGGCCAGGGCUGCGUCUACAUCUGCUGCUGCCGCUGCUGUUGCUGCUGUGUCCACGUCAGCAUCGGUGUCUACUGCUGCUGCUGCGUCUGCUGCUGUAGGAGGAGGAGGAGGAGGAGGAGGAAAGGAUGGGCAGCUCCCGGUGGAGAGGGGCCCCUUAGGAGCCGAGAGGCAGCAGAGUUUUAUCAAGCAGCAUCACAGGAGCAUAAGCCUUUAGGGGGAAGAAAACGUACACUGAUGCACACACAGUGACCCCGUUUAUACUCCAAUGGUAUUCCAAGGUUCCUGGAGGGUAUUCCAAAAACAUGGUUAGGUGAUGAACUAGGCUAAGUUAACCUACAGGAAGUGGUAAACUCACUAAUAGAUGGCCUACAGAUGUCAUUUAGUUAGGAAUACGAGCACUCCAGGCUCUUUUGUUAGAUGAUUUACCACUACUUCAAGGUUAACUUAACCUAGUUUACUACAGAGCCACAGCGUAUUGGAAUCCUCCCCUGGUGCUUGAAGUGGAGCCUAGUAGGGCAUAGCCUGCCUGGGCUUAUGUCCCUGGGCUGAAGGCCCACAGUGUAAACGGGGCCUCUGAUACUCAGACUAAUGCGUACCCUCACACAGACAUCGCAGGGAUGUAAACAAACACAGGAACACAAGGCUGUGAGAGGGAAAAAAAUAACAUGCACACAAACACACUGACGAAUAUAAACGCGAACUGACGAACACAGAAACAAAUUGACAAACGCAAACGAACACUCACACAAAGCGUGUGA